UUCCGGUAAAUGACUAGCUAGCGGGAGGUGCAAGUGCUUGUGUUUGUUUUUCGACUUUUUCGCGUUGUUUUGAGUUUUCAGACAAAACCCGCGCCAGAAAACGAUUUUUUAGAGCGAGUGUCAAGGGACCAGUUUAGUUUUAUUGAACCCGGAGCUGAGAAGUGUCGGAUUAAAUGAACAGGUCGCUAAUGUUAUCAGACUAGCUAACCGGCUAGCCUGCUCAGCCCAGAACCCGGACGCUGGUUGUCGGAGAUUUAACCUGUAAACCUUCACCAGUCAAGCUUUACAACGUUUCUCUUGUGGCUGUAAAGGAGAAGAUUCCAGUUUCAUGUGAGCACUGGGGCCAUUUUCGACAGUUUAAUGGGAGGCGGCUUGCUUUGGAGGAGUGGACAUUGCGGGCGUCAGCUGCGAGGAACGCGGAGGUCCUGGCUCCCUGUCGGGCUUAGAUGGAGUCUCUGGCCGGGUACGUGUACAAGGCAGCCAGCGAGGGCCGAGUCCUGACCCUGGCCGCGCUGCUGCUCAACCACUCCGAGACGGAGACCCAGUACCUGCUGAGCUAUGUGACCCAGCUCGCCGGGCAGAGGUCCACCCCCCUGAUCAUCGCAGCCCGGAACGGACACGACAAAGUGGUCCGGCUGCUCCUGGACCACUACAGAGUGGACACUGAGCAGACUGGCACGGUUCGGUUUGAUGGAUAUGUUAUAGACGGGGCCACAGCUCUGUGGUGUGCAGCUGGAGCAGGGCAUUUUGAGGUGGUGCGGCUGCUGGUGAGUCACCAUGCCAACGUUAACCACACCACUAUCACCAACUCCACCCCACUGCGGGCGGCGUGCUUUGAUGGGCGCCUGGACAUCGUCCGAUACCUGGUGGAACACAACGCCGACAUCAGCAUCACUAACAAGUACAACAACACCUGCCUAAUGAUCGCCGCCUAUAAGGGCCACACAGACGUUGUCAAAUUCCUGCUGGAGCAGGGGGCGAACCCCAAUGCCAAGGCCCACUGUGGGGCCACUGCCCUGCACUUUGCGGCUGAGGCAGGACAUCUGGAAAUUGUAAAAGAGCUGGUGCGCUGCCAGGCGGCCAUGGUGGUGAACGGACAUGGCAUGACGCCGCUAAAGGUCGCAGCAGAGAGCUGUAAAGCCGAUGUGGUGGAGCUGCUGCUGGCGCAUGCAGACUGCAACCCCAGCAGCCGCAUCGAGGCCCUGGAGCUGCUGGGCGCCUCGUUCGCCAACGACCGGGAGAACUACGACAUCCAGAAGACGUACCACUACCUACAAAUGGCUAUGAUGGAACGCUACCGCGACCCAGAAAGCAUCAUCUCAAAAGAGCUGUUGCCACCUAUCGAGGCCUACGGAGGGCGUAGCGAAUGCCGGACACUGUCAGACCUGGAGGCCAUCCGGGUGGACCGGGACGCUCUGCACAUGGAGGGGCUGAUGAUCCGGGAGCGUAUCCUUGGCUCGGACAACAUUGACGUGUCACACCCCAUCAUAUACCGCGGCGCUGUCUAUGCUGACAGCAUGGAGUUUGAACAGUGCAUCAAACUGUGGCUUCAUGCGCUUCGCUUGCGGCAGAAAGGAAACCGGAACACACACAAGGACCUGCUGCGCUUCGCCCAGGUGUUCUCCCAGAUGGUCCACCUGAAGGAGCAGGUCACAGCUUCAGCUGUGGAGCAGGUGUUGAGCUGCAACGUGUUGGAGAUUCAGCGCAGCAUGGCUCGGGUGGAGGCGGCGGCUGAGUCCGAGCUGCAGCAGGCUAUGGACAAUUACGAGUCAAAUGUUUUUACCUUUCUGUACCUGGCCUGCAUCUCCACUAAAACCACCUGCACCGAUGAGGAACGAGCCCUCAUCAACAAGCACAUCUACAACCUGAUCCAGCUGGAUCCGCGCUCACGUGAAGGCUCUUCUCUGCUCCACCUGGCCAUCAGCUCCACCACGCCGGUCGACGACUUCCACACCAACGACGUCUGUAGCUUCCCCAACGCCCAGGUCACCAAGCUGCUGCUGGACUGCGGCGCACAGGUCAACGCCAUCGACCACGAGGGCAACACCCCGCUGCACGUCAUCGUCCAGUACAACCGGCCAAUCAGUGACUUCCUCACGCUGCACGCCAUCAUCAUCAACCUGGUGGAGGCCGGCGCCCACACAGACAUGACCAACAAGCAAAAGAAGACACCGCUGGACAAGAGCACCACAGGCGUGUCGGAGAUCCUGCUAAAGACGCAGAUGAAGAUGAGCCUCAAGUGUCUGGCAGCGCGCGCCGUCCGGCAGCACCAGAUCACCUACCGCAACCAAAUCCCCAAAACGCUGGAGGAGUUUGUGGAGUUUCACUGAAACGGACUUGAAGGCUCCACAUGAACCAAGGACAGACUCUUUGGUUUUUUUCUUGUUUUUUAAUAAUUUCUUAUAAUUUUCUAACAAAUCCAAAUGGUGCUGAGGAUGAUGGUUGAGUACUAAAAGUUUAGGAGAGUUUUUAUAAAAAAAAAAAAAAGUGUGUUACUUUUUUUCUAUUUUAGGUAUUAAUUGCUAAGUACCAGCAACCACAGUUGGCAGUCGGAGUGUCUGUAACUCUGCAGCUGAUGUGCACAUUGCUGCUGCAGCUCGUUCACUGUGACACAUUCAGAAGAAACCUGAAACCAGCUGCAGGUCUCUGAAGGUCCUGCACAGGCCUGCAGCAGGGCUGUGCCGAGGUGAGAGCAGAGAGUGGACAGCAGUCACAUCACCACGCUGCUUCUUGUUUUGCCUUAUCUUCAUGCCAGGGAGCCACAUGUUCACCAUGUUACUGUGAUUCUGCAGUCUGAGUGAAUGAGCGAGUGUGAAGGAGAGAUGAUCAGAAAGAAUGAAUGAAUGAGUGUCUGUAGGGAAGCCAACAGACAGCCCACCUCACCUGCCUUUCAUGUAUUCAUCCCGCAGAUCAUCUGUCACACACAAGAUUUAUUUUUAAUAUGAGAAAUUGUUUUCACUGGGUUUAAUUUAACUGUAACUACCAAGGGGGGGGGGGGCAGGUUUUAAUAUGUCUACAACUGAAGACUGUUAAUAAAAGACAAAAGACUUUUACCUUCUCACACUUUAAUUUUAAUUCUCUGUAAAAUAAAAAAAACUGGAACAGGUGAAAUCAUCUAAUAUUUCACAAGAAAAAGAAAAAAAAGGGAACAUACUGAGAAAAUUUUAUGUAGAAGAGAUUUUUUUUGGUCUCCUGUUAAUCAGAACAGGAGAGAAGCUGAUGCUUUAGCAGUUAGGAACCUGUGUUAGAUCUGAAUGUUUCAGUGUGACAGCACAGUGAGCCUCCGGUCCAUAAAGAAAUGCUUUGUUGUCCUUUCAGCAAAGCCUGAAGGAUGAAUCGUUUCUUCACGUCUAAAGAAAAUUCGACUUAUAGACCUGCUGAAUAUUCUUUUGAAAAGUUGACAUUUUGGUUUUCACAGGACAGUGACAGGUUUUUGGUUUUGGUGUGGAACAGCUAGACUGGCCUGCACCAUCUUCAAGUGUCCACAUACUUUUGGCUAUACAAUGUACAAUUUCCAGUCUUUAAAAAUAUGAACCGGAUUUCCCCAGAACAUGGUACGAAGAUCGUCUGUAGAUGCUCAUACAUGAGCUUUUAUUUUGAAACGUGUCUCUGAGGACGUGCCACUGAAACUGUGAUGGAGGGAAAUCUAAGACGACGAGAACGAUGUCACAUGGUUUACAUUUCCCCCACAGAGCUGCUGCAGCUUCACCCUGUUAGAAGAACCCUGUCCCUGUACUCAGUGGGGGGGCUCAGACCUUUAGGCCUGAGACAGUACAGGGACUUGAGUUUAAAUGACUGAACAUGGAUUCUUAGAAGUCGAACAUGCUCGUUAAUUUGUGUUGUUUCUGUUCAUGUUGGUCACAUUGUGGAUCAGGUCUUCUUGUCCCCUGGAUCUGUCUGCAAUCAGCUGUAAGAUAAUUCAUGUUAAUUAUGUCCAGUGAAGCUUCAGUCACUCUGCCAAAGAUGGUUUGUGUGUGGAGAUUCAUCACUCAUCACUGAACCUAAUGAGAUUCGAUAAGUGGAUUUGACACUGGAUCCAGAUUUGAUCAAAUCACAGCCCUGUCCAAAGAUAGAAAGAAAGCCAGUCAGUUUGCUCACAUUGGAGGAGAAUAUGGAUUGUUUUGUAUUUUACAUGUCAGGGACUGCUCCUUUUCGUGUUUCGUGUUUGCAGAGACCGAAACAGGAAACACGUCGCUGUUUCAUGUUUGAGGGAUGAGGAGAUCCUCAGAGGCUGCAUCAGUCUGCUCCAGCUGUGGUCUUCAGGAAGCCCAUUUAAAAGCCGUUAGCUUCUUCUUCUGUUUUUAAACACACAAACAAGCUUUUUGUCCCAAUCAAAUGUGGAUCAAUGGACACGCAGAGUGAGUGUCUCAGUUCUGCACAUGUUCUUUAGCCCCCCUCCCCCCCCCCCCCCCCCCCCCCCACUGAAAUCUGAUGCUCAGCCUGCUGUACCACUGACUGCAUAUAGUCAGCAUAUAGAUAGUUGAUUGAAGGAUUGAUUGGACAUUUUUGGACAUUUGCGUUCUGGUGGACACUUAGAUGUUCAGACUGAUGCUGCAGGGUCAGCAGCUGUUUCGCUGAGCAUGGGUGUGGGAUCAGUGUGAACAUCUGAACAACAUCAAGUCAAAUCAUUCCUUUAAAUGUCAAAAAGCUCAAGACAUUCUCUGUGAGGCUGCAGCUGAUGAUGAUUUUCUUUAUGGAUUCAUCUCAGUUAGCCCACAACGUGUUAGACACAAAGGUCCGUCACAGUUUCCCUGGACCUGAUGUCCUCAUAUCACUUGUUUUGUUUGACCAACAAUCCAAAAUUCAAAGAGAUUCAAUUUUCAGUCUAACAAAUUAGAAAAAGCAGCAAAUGUUCACAUUGUAGAAGCUUUUAACUUGGUGAUAAUAAUAAUAUUUUGUUGACUAAACGAUUCAUCUGCUAACUCUUUCAGUUUCUGUUUCACACUGUUCCAAAGCGUGCGGUUAAUGUGAUAGUCAUACGAGUUCACCUCUGCCCUUCACAGCUGGGCCACACAGGGUGAUUUCAUCAGUGAGACAAGCUGCUGCAGCUGCAGUGAUUAGUUCAAAGAUAAAUUUCCCAACAGGUGAAAACGGGGCAGUCGUUCUGUUCGUGUCAGUCCUCAGUAAGAUUCGUCCAUAUUUAUAUUUAUUUCCUCUUAAUAAUGUUUGAAGCUGCAGGACUCCUGAGCUUCUCAAAGCCAGACUUUGUGCCUCAAGUUGUGUUUUCAAUAUAAGAUUAAAGUCUGGAAAUCAAACAGAUAAAUCAGUGAACUGUAGGCAGAGUUUAGAUGACAACACCUAUUUAAGCUGUGUGUUGUAGAUACGGAGUGAAUCGUGACUCUGCAGCCGGAGGGUCUAUGUCUUGCCACAGCGUUCUUUAGGAGCUGGAGACACUGUGGUGAUUACAAAGUCCAAAUGAAAUUGUGUGCUCUGUGUCGCAAGGCAAAGGAUGUCCAUGUUUGUUUAGCGUCUGAUUCUCUGAAGAAAAGUAGCCUGUGAAUAAAAGUCCUGAAUGUUAGACUUUCCACCAGCAUGCAGCCGCAGCGUUUGUCCUCCUCAUCCAUCACCGUCUCUGUCCAGUGUUUCAUGAACAUGUGACCAGGCAUCAGAGGAGGUCUGAUCUCUGCCUGGAUGUUAAAGGUUUGAGGAGAUGAGAAGGUGCCAUUCAGAAUGAUAAACUUCUUUUUAACUGAUCCCAGUUUGUGUGUAACACUGCAGGAGUGUUUUCUGUGCUGACGGGAGCUGGGAGGUUUGACUCGAACCAGUUUUCUGUGGCUGAUAUGAAGCCAAAGAUUUUCCAUGUGUGGGAAACGUUUAAGGAUGUCAGCCCUCAUGUACUUCCUGCAGAAUGAAUGCUGUCAAAUUAAAAGUCAUAU